GCUGUGACUGCGCGGGCGCGUUUUGACCCUUUCAGACCCUGCCGAGCAGCCGUAGCUCCGGACCCGCGGCCCGUGGGCGUGCUGAGCGGCAGACAUGGCGGAGAGCGCAGAGCAGCUGCGGUGUACCCGGGACAGCCAUGCCCUGGAGCGGCUGCAGGAUGACUCCGUGCCCACCGAGACCUCCGUGGAGCAGAAAAAAGUUGAGAGCUGUGUUGGCGCGAUAUUCAAUAUGUUUAAGAAGCAACCAAACCAACCCCUUGUUCUAGAGCGAGACAUACAUGCCCACUACUUGAGGAAGGGUUUACAGCAUCUUUCUGAUGCAUACGAGUGCCUGGAUGCCAGCCGCCCGUGGCUUUGUUACUGGAUCGUGCACAGUUUGUCGUUACUAAGCGAACCCAUUCCGGAAACUGUGGCGUCAAAUGUCUGCCAGUUUCUAGCUCACUGUCAAGAUAAAAACGGAGGCUUUGCCGGUGCGCCCGGUCAGGAGCCCCAUCUCGCCCCGACGUACGCCGCCGUCAACGCUCUGUGUUCUAUUGGAACCGAGGAGGCCUUCGAAGUCAUUAACAGGGAAAAGCUGCAAGAGUUUUUGUAUUCCUUGAAGCAACCGGAUGGCUCUUUCAAUAUGCACCUCGGAGGAGAAGUGGAUGUUAGAAGUGCGUAUUGUGCUGCUUCGGUGGCUUCGCUUACCAACAUCUCCACCCCAGACCUGUUUGAUGGAACUGCAGAGUGGAUCGCAAGGUGCCAAAACUGGGAAGGUGGCAUUGGCGGAGUUCCCGGUAUGGAAGCGCAUGGUGGAUAUACCUUCUGUGGACUGGCUGCCUUGGUCAUUUUGAAUAGAGUGCAGCUCCUGGAUCUGAAGAGUAUGCUGCGGUGGGUUUCCUUCAGACAAACAAGAUAUGAAGGUGGAUUCCAGGGCCGCUGUAACAAGUUGGUUGAUGGCUGCUAUUCCUUUUGGCAAGCUGCUUUGAUGCCACUGAUUCAUAGAAGCUUACAUGCUGAAGGGGAUCCGGCUCUCAGCCUCACGAACUGGAUGUUUGAUCAGCAGGCCCUGCAGGAAUAUAUACUGCUGUGCUGUCAGUGCCCUACCGGGGGGCUACUGGAUAAACCCGGCAAGUCGCGAGACUUUUAUCAUACCUGCUACUGUUUGAGCGGAUUAUCCAUAGCACAACAUUUUGGUGGUGGCGAUUUGCUACAUGAAGUCAUAGUAGGGCGACAAAGCAACAGAUUGAAUCCAACCCAUCCUGUGUAUAACAUCGGCCCUGACAGAGUGGCUCGGGCCAUUAUGCACUUCAGGCAGAAGGAAGUUCCAGAGAUGGCCAAGUCCAAGAAGGACUAGAAAUCCUUCCGACACGUGGCCGGUACAUGGAAGUAGAAGAGCCAUUGUGCAGCUCCAUAAGGGCUGUGUAUUGUCCUGUGCCACGAUGUACCAAUGCAUCGCGUAGGACCCUGUAUCGCGAAGUAACCGUACGUAACCCCUCGGUUAAACCCAACGCUUAUUUAAUAUGGAAAAACUCUAACUUGGCUUUUUAAUGCUGCUACAUAACUAGUAGUACGUCCAGGUUAUAUCAACUAAACGGCUGCUGCUAGUGUGGCUAUUUUCCCUUAUUACAGAAGGCCAUAGCAAAAAUGGCCUAGCGGAUAAGUCGCCUGUGGCCACAGCAUUGUCCUGUAAAGCACAUGCUUCGCGUGUUCAAUACGUAUGAUUUAUGCACUGACGCAAUUCUGUCCUGCGCGUGUUAUUGUCAGAGACCCCCAACGUGUCAUGUCGGCAUUAAAUGGGAAAGCGCGUUCAGUGUGAUGGUUUGUUCGGGUCUACCUUCCACGCUAAAAAGUCGUUAUGUAGCGGACAUGAAAGCCAUCAUUUCGCUUAUAAGAUCUAUAUAUAUAUAUAUAUAUAUCACAGGCUACUGUGUAGCUUAAGGGACUUUUCUGCCAACAUCUAAAUGUACCUGACUUGAAGGUACUUUGCCAUUUAAAGGGACCUCUUUGGAUUUGUAUUCACAAAGCUCGGGGUUAGAUGUCUUUAGCAUGGUGCUGGACUGUUCGGCUCUGCUGGGCACGUGUAUUAAAGAGCAGAGUGUUUGUACCGUUAGCCCCUUAACCUUUAACUUGCACUUAAUAAACUGGUUUCUGGUAACCGCA